AUGUUUUUUCGAGGAUCGAAAGAUCGAGUGACCGACGCAUUCUACAGGGCCCUCCUGACAAGACCUACAGACUCCAGUGCAGGUAUUUUGCAUCCUGGUCAAGCAGCUUUAAUUCACAACAGACAAUCAAGACAUCCUGGAACGUUGGCACACCACGAUCGAUCCAGUUCAGCUCCCAAUGUCUGUUUGAACAGCGUGAAAGGUGCGCAUGAGGAAUGUCCCAGAUCGCUGUCACUAAACAGAGCUGGAAACGAUGAAAGUGCUUCUCCACAGUGCAGGAGCACCCAAGCGUCGCCUACAGGAUCCUUGCAACCUAGGAGACCAAGAGCGAGGUCUGCUGAUGAGAGUAAGCCGCUUUUGGCGCCACGGGAGAGCAUUGAGGAUUGGGAAAUACCGGAUAAAGAGUUACUGAUCAAAGAACGCGUUGGAUCUGGUUCGUUUGGUACUGUAUUCAAGGGUUACUGGCAUGGGCCGGUUGCUGUCAAAACUCUCAACGUUCAAACGCCUACAGUUUCUCAAUUGACAGCUUUCAAAAACGAAGUCGCCGUUCUACGAAAAACCAGACAUGUUAACGUUUUACUGUUCAUGGGUUGCGUAACGAAACCUAUCCUGAAAAUAGUUACCCAAUGGUGCGAAGGUUCUAGCCUUUACAAGCAUUUGCACGUGCACGAAACUAAAUUUGCUUUGUUUACCCUGAUUGAGAUUGGUCGUCAAACAGCUCAGGGUAUGGACUACUUGCACGCCAAGAGUAUAAUUCACCGAGAUUUGAAAUCGAAUAAUAUAUUUUUACACGACGAUCUCACAGUUAAAAUUGGAGAUUUUGGCCUAGCUACCGCGAAAACUAGAUGGUCGGAAACACAGCAGAAUCGGCAGCCUACUGGUUCUAUCUUGUGGAUGGCUCCUGAAAUUAUUAGAAUGCAAGAAGAUAACCCAUACAGUUUAGAAUCAGAUGUAUACGCUUUCGGCAUUGUUCUUUUUGAGAUGCUGGCAGGACAGCUACCCUACAGCCACAUAAACAAUAGGGAUCAAAUCCUUUUCAUGGUGGGCAGAGGUUACUUGACCCCGGACUUGACAAAACUACGAUCUGACACCCCCAAAGCUUUAAGACGCCUGAAUGAAGAUUGCAUUAAGUUCAGCAGAAACGAGAGGCCACUCUUCAGGCAAAUUCACGCAUCCUUGGAAGGCUUACUAAGAAAUCAUCCCAAAAUUAGCAGAUCUGCUUCAGAGCCCAAUAUGAAUAGAACUCAGUUCCAGUCUGACGAUUUUAUUUACGCAUGCCCAAGUCCUAAAACUCCUGUCAAUUUUGGACCCAUAAGUAACUUUCUUUUUUACUCAUCAGGCAUCUCAAAUAUAUGA